AUGAGCGCGAUACUUUUAAUAGUUUGUGCCAUAAUAAUAGUGACAUUAAUUACGGGCUUAUAUCAGAAAUCCACUAACGCAAUAUGCAAAUCAAAGAAGAGAUUAGAUGGAAAGACUGUCAUCGUGACAGGAGGCACUUCUGGCAUGGGUUUGAGGAUAGCUGUGGACUUGGCGGAUCGGGGCGCUAGAGUCAUCAUCGCGUGCCCCUUCAUCAACGAAGGAGAAGAAGCUUUAAAAAUUAUAAAGGAAGAAACAGAAAGUGAUAAUGUCGUUUUUGAACUAUUAGACCUCUCUUCAAUUAAGUCGAUACGAAAAUUUGCAGAAAAAAUAAAUGAAAGGGAGAAAAGACUGGAUAUUUUAGUAAACAAUGCAGGUGUCGGAGCUGUGUCAGAAUUUAUAACAGAUGACGGCAUGAGUUUUAUUAUGCAAGUGAAUUACUUUGGAACCGUUUUACUCACUUUAUUGCUGCUCUCUCUUCUUAAGAAAUCUGGUACACCUUCGGAGAAGGCCAGGAUCGUUAACACUUCGUCUGUCCUCCAUAAUAUUGGAACAAUCAAUUUUAAAAAACUUAAUGAUAUAAAGCAUUACUAUUCAAUUCAACUAUACGGUAAUAGUAAGUUGUGUUUAGUUUUAUUUUCAAAUGAGCUGGUAAAGAAAUUAAGAAGCUCGAAUGUUGUAGUGAACUGUGUGGACCCAGGGGCGGUGGGGACGGGAAUUUUUUAUAGCGUUGGAACAAUUAUCGGGUACACUAUAAGUACUUUAUUUUAUAUGUUUUUCAAAACCCCAUGGGAAGGAGCACAGACUACGCUCCAUGUGGCGUUGGAUAAGAAAGCAGGAAAUGUGACUGGAGGAUUCUUUAAAGAUUGCAAGCUCACUAGUGCUAAAAAAUCUGCGUAUAACGAGAAGACAGGGAUAAAACUUUGGGAAGAAUCUAUGAGACUCCUGAAAUUAAGUGACGAAGAAGUUGAACAGUGUUUUAAA